AUGAAGUUCAUAUCCCACGUCGCGCUGCUGGCCGCCGCCGGCCGUCUCAUUGUGAGAGCCGAUGAGCAAGUAGUGCUUACCAGCAGCGAAGAGCAGAUGUUGGCACCCAUGAAUGUGGCGAUUAUCGGCGCUGGAGCAGCAGGCUCGUCAACAGCAUACCACUUAGCCAGAUUCGCUACGGCAGCUGACAUUGCGGUCAACAUAACUGUCUUCGACCGGAAUGACUACAUUGGUGGCCGCUCUACCACCGUCUAUGCCUACAAUGACUCGCAAUAUCCUGUCGAGCUCGGAGCGAGCAUAUUCGUCAAGGUCAAUACCAUCUUGACCGAUGCGGUAGCCGAGUUCAACCUCACAACCUCUGGCAUGAUCUCUCGCACGGAUGACAUUCCUGGCGCCGAUAUAGGUGUCUGGGAUGGUCAGAACUUUGUAGUCGAGCAGAAUAGUGGUUCUUUGACAUGGUGGGAUACUACCAAAUUCUUGUGGCGAUAUGGCCUUGCUCCUGCCCGCACCAUGAAUCUGAUGAAGUCAACGACCGGCAAAUUCUUCAAGAUGUAUGAAGAGCCGUUCUUCCCUUUCGUGUCACUGACGAAGACUGUUCGCGAUCUGGAUCUACUGUCUGCGACAUCUGCAACAGGCGAAGAGUACCUCGCAAUAAACAACAUCGGAAGUGCCUUUGGUCACGACAUCAUUCAAGCUUCAACCCGUGUGAACUAUGCGCAGAAUCUCAAGUACAUCAAUGGUCUGCUGUCCAUGGUCUGCAUGGCCACUGAUGGCGCUGUGGCCGUCGAGGGCGGUAACUGGCAGAUCUUCGAUCAUAUGGUCAGUGCUGUCAACGCCCACAGAGUACUUGAUACCCCGGUAUCAGAUAUCAAGAGCGAUCACGAUGGUAGUUACACCUUGAACUUCCAACGAACCAGCACCGAAGGUAGGACGCAAAGCCUGACCCAGAGCUUCGAUGCCGUUGUUAUUGCUGGUCCCUACCAAUACGCCAAUAUCACGCUUGCACAAGGCAUCGACCAUACGCCGAAAAAGAUCAAAUACGUAACACUCCAUGUCACGCUCCUCACAUCGCCGCACCUCCUUUCGCCAGCCUUCUUCGCCCUACAGCCGGGCAAAGCAGUACCAAAAACAGUGCUCACGACCCUGUCACCAGACGAAGCUCCGCAGGCUGGACCCGCAGGUGUCGGCCGGCCAGGCUUCUUCAGCAUCUCCCUGCUCUCACCCGUCCCAAACCCAAAGACAGGUGGCCAGGAUUACCUUUACAAGAUCUUCUCGCCCGAAGCACCAGAUUCGACAUUCCUAUCGAGUUUGCUUGGUCUGCCAAAAGGUUCCGAAGCAGAGUCACCCAUCAGCGAACAGGACAUCUCCUGGAUCUACCGCAAGAUCUGGCAUAGCUAUCCUUACGAGAUCCCGAGGACAGAGUUCGACCAUAUACAGCUUCACGAUGAUCUUUGGUACACUGGAGGCAUGGAGAGCUUCAUCAGUACUAUGGAGACUAAUGCUCUGAUGGGGAAGAAUGUUGCUAAACUGAUAGUCGAUCAGAAGAUGGACAAGCUGAGGAUGAAGAGGGAGAGCUAUGCCACUGAUCUGCCGCUUGUGCUUGCUAGUGGUGCUACCUAA